AUGGCUGUUGAUAGGCUGGUCCUCAUUGAGAGGACUGUUGAUAGGCUGGUCCUCAUUGAGAGGACUGUUGAUAGGCUGGUCCUCAUUGAGAGGACUGUUGAUAGGCUGGUCCUCAUUGAGAGGACUGUUGAUAAGCUGGUCCUCAUUGAGAGGACUGUUGAUAGGCUGGUCCUCAUUGAGAGGACUGUUGAUAGGCUGGUCCUCAUUGAGAGGACUGUUGAUAAGCUGGUCCUCAUUGAGAGGACUGUUGAUAGGCUGGUCCUCAUUGAGAGGACUGUUGAUAGGCUGGUCCUCAUUGAGAGGACUAUUGAAAGGCUGGUCCUCAUUGAGAGGACUGUUGAUAGGCUGGUCCUCAUUGAGAGGACUGUUGAUAAGCUGGUCCUCAUUGAGAGGACUGUUGAUAGGCUGGUCCUCAUUGAGAGGACUGUUGAUAGGUUGCUUGUUGGUGCUCCGAGGGCCAAAGCUCUGGGAGGUCAGAAGUCAAAGGUCACAGGAGGACUCUACAACUGUGACACCACUUCCUCCAGCUGUAACCGCGUGGAGCUUGACAACAAUGAGAACCUGAAUACUGAGAGCAAGGAGAACCAGUGGAUGGGUGUAACAGUGAACAGCCAGGGACCAGGAGGAAAGAUUGUGACGUGUGCCCACCGCUACCAGCUGCGUCUGUUUGUGAACACGCCCCAGGAGUCUCGUGACAUCACAGGAAGGUGUUACGUGCUGAGCCAGGACCUGACAAUCAAUGUCCGGUCUGAUGAGGACGGAGGGAACUGGAGGUUCUGUGAGGGGCGGGCACGCGGGCAUGAGAGGUUUGGCUCAUGCCAACAGGGUCUGUCUGCCACCUUCACUAGGGACUAUGAAUACCUAGUGUUUGGAGCUCCUGGAGCAUAUGACUGGAAAGGUAUGGUGAGAGUAGAGCAUAAGAACAGCACUCUGUUGGAGAUGCGUUCGUACAAAGAUGGGCCCUAUGAGGUGGGUGAUGAGAACCAGUUAAACCCAGACCUGGUCCCUGUGCCCCCUAACAGCUACCUGGGCUUUUCUUUGGACUCAGGGAAGGCCAUCACUAAGAAGGGUCAGCUGACAGUGGUUGCAGGCGCUCCGAGAGCCCAUCACAGCGGAGAGGUGGUGUUGCUGAAGAAGGAGUCCGAUGAGUCCUCCAUGCUGUCACCAGAGUACAUCCUGGAAGGGGAGGGGUUAGCCUCAUCGUUCGGCUACGACCUCACUGUGGUGGAUCUCACUGGAGACGGGUAUGAGAAGACAAGACCAUGAUACUAUUUCCAUGGCCGGC